GAAUAUAAAAAUCUGGCAAUCAAUCUCAGUCCAUAGACUCCGCACAUCGACAAAGCUACUGUAAAUCUGAUUUUCCUCUUUGAAUCAUUCUGUUACACUCUCAGAUCUCAGUAUUUCCAGCAAGUUAACGAUCAAAUCCCGAAACCCAAUGGCGGUGGCCAUCCGAGGAGGCCGAGUUGGAGGAGGCGGUGGACUUGGUAUGGGCUUACGCGGCUUCUUCUCCUACCGGAUCUUUGUCUCCGCCAUGUUCUCCCUUCUCUUCCUGGCUACUCUCUCCGUAAUUCUCACAACUCACCCCUCCACUUCUCAUCACGACUCAGCACUUCCGAGUGUUGGUAAUGCAUAUGUUCAACGAACGUUUUUAGCAUUGAAAUCUGAUCCACUUAAAACGAGGUUAGAUUUGAUUCACAAACAAGCCAAUGAUCAUAUUGCUUUAGUUAAUGCUUAUGCGGCGUAUGCCCGGAAGUUAAAGUUAGAUAUUUCUAGGCAAUUAAAGAUGUUUGAUGAUCUCGCUCGAAACUUUUCCGAUCUUUCUGUCAAACCCACUUACAAGGCUUCUCUUUUCGAGCCUGAGGGUGCUGUUGAUGAGGAUGUGUUGAGGCAAUUUGAGAAGGAAGUCAAGGACAAAGUCAAAUUUGCUAGGUUAUUGAUUGGUGAAUCAAAAGAGAGUUAUGAUAAUCAGUUGAAGAUUCAGAAGUUGAAAGAUACCAUUUUUGCUGUUAAUGAAUUGCUGGUUAAGGCUAAGAAAAAUGGGGCUCUUGCCAGCUUGAUUUCUGCUAAAUCGGUACCUAAGAGUUUGCAUUGUUUGGCAAUGAGACUUGUGGAGGAGAGGAUUUCACACCCAGAAAAGUAUCAGGAUGAGGAGCCUAGCCCAGAGUUUGAGGACCCCACUUUGUAUCAUUAUGCUAUAUUUUCUGAUAAUGUGAUUGCGGUGUCAGUGGUGGUGGGGUCUGUGGUGAAGAAUGCGCAAGAACCAUGGAGGCAUGUCUUUCAUGUGGUUACUGAUAGAAUGAAUGUUGCAGCGAUGAAAGUUUGGUUCAAGAUGAGGCCAGUUGAAGGUGGUGCACAUGUGGAGGUGAAGGCAAUUGAGGAUUAUACCUUCUUGAAUUCUUCUUAUGUGCCAGUGUUGAGGCAGCUUGAAUCUCUUAGAAUGCAGAAGUUUUACUUUGAGAAUAGGGCAGAAUAUGUGACAAAAGAUGUGAAUCACAUGAAAUUUAGGAAUCCCAAGUACUUGUCAAUGUUGAAUCAUCUUAGGUUUUAUUUACCCGAGAUGUAUCCAAAAUUACAUAAGAUUUUGUUUUUAGAUGAUGAUGUGGUGGUUCAGAAGGACUUGACUGGGUUGUGGAACAUCGAUUUGGAUGGGAAGGUGAAUGGAGCUGUGGAGACCUGCUUUGGUUCAUUUCGCCGUUAUGCUCAAUAUCUGAAUUUUUCACACCCCCUGAUCAGGGAGAGGUUUAAUCCCAAGGCUUGUGCUUGGGCAUAUGGGAUGAAUAUAUUUGAUCUAGACGCUUGGAGGCGUGAGAAAUGCACAGAGCAAUACCAUUACUGGCAGAACUUGAAUGAAGAUCGUACUAUGUGGAAACUGGGCACCCUUCCACCGGGCCUCAUCACUUUCUACUCGUCAACCAAGUCAUUGGACAAAUCCUGGCAUGUGCUUGGACUUGGGUACAAUCCAAGUGUUAGCAUGGAUGAUAUCAACAAAGCUGCUGUCAUUCAUUACAAUGGAAACAUGAAACCUUGGCUUGAUAUUGCUCUGAAUCAGUAUAAGAAUCUCUGGACUAAAUAUGUGGAUAAUGAUAUGGAGUUUGUUCAGGUGUGCAAUUUUGGCUUCUAAGCAAGUACCACUAGGGUUCUCAUUGGUCAGGUGUUUUCAUUGAUCAGGAAGCGCUUUUGGCUAUCCGCCUCAAAUCCGUGGAGAGCCUUCAAAUAAGGCUAUGCAACAACUGGUUCAUAUCUAUUUCCCAUCAAUCUCAAAUCAGUUAAAAGUCGGUUGAGCUAGUUAUGAUUGUAGCAUUGACAUGGUGCCUUAAAAUCUUAGCACAAGGAAAUUUUCUAUCUCGCAUUCUCUUUAUCCAUUUAUUAUAUGGUGGUAACAUAUAUCCUUUUUAUGCAUUGGCAUGGUCUUUAGUUUGAUCACUGAGUUAUACUUCCAACCAAGUGUUCUUGUAGGAACGGAUUCUGAAAUCUAAUAUGUCUAGGGAGAUGGAACAGUGUUUGAACUUUGUUCAAAGAUGAAGAAGCCAAUAAUCUGAAUGGGAAGUCUGAACCAGAAAAUGGAACUUCUAAUAUUGUAAAGAAGUCAGUCUACUAUUAGAAACUUUAGUUUUGAGAUUCAAAAUACUUCCCUUUUCACAUUUUAGGCUUUAGGCAAGAGGGUUUUUUCCAAAUUAUAGGAUGAACAACUUCAUUCAUGUAUUUCCAUUUGUAUUAGGGAAGAAAGAUUAGGUGGGAAAGGGAAAGGGAAAGGGAAAAUGCCAAAGGCAAAGGUUAUGUUGGCUCACCUAACGAUUAAGGAUCCUCCUCCUACCUAAACUUCCAUUUAGCCAC